AGCAGCUUUAGUAUUUAAGCGAGAACCUCAGCACUAAGCGUAUGGUCACGGGCAUAAUGACCAACAUCGUAUUUUUCGCAUUAGUCAUCCUGCUUGGCGUUGUGUCGCCAUCGUCAACAACGCCACCAAGCUAUGAAGUACCCAAAGCCACCAUAGAGGUGUACUAUCCCAAGGGAUUUCAAGUAUCCAUACCCCACGAAGAGGGCAUUACAUUGUUUGCCUUCCAUGGCAAGCUGAAUGAGGAAAUGGAUGGCCUAGAGGCGGGCACCUGGGCGCGAGAUAUUGUGGUGCCGAAAAAUGGUAGAUGGACAUUUCGUGAUCGCAUAACCCGUCUACAGCUGGGUGACACCCUCUACUAUUGGACCUAUGUGAUAUACAAGGGCUUGGGCUAUCGUGAAGAUGAUGGUGUGUAUGUGGUCAAGGAAUAUUUCAAUACCACCACCACAUCCAUAACCCCGGCAAGUUCUACGGAGCCAAGUGUAACUAAGACGACAGGCAGUUGUUCAUCUGCUGUGACAAUUGUAAAUGGAGCUCCCGUACGUUGUGCCGACCAAUUGGUAUUCCAGGAAAAUUUCGAGGGCAACAAAUUGGACAGCGCUAAAUGGACAGUGGAGAGGCGUAUUCCCCGUGCUCCGAGCCAUGAGUUUUGUCUUUAUCUCGACGAUGUGCAGGAUGUAUUAAAGCUAAGCAAUGGCAAAGUGCGCCUCAAACCCAUAUCAACUUUGGAACAUUUCGGCCCGGGUUUUAGCUUAAAAUCAUCGCUGCAGUUGGGCAAUACCUGUACCGGAAAACUGAAUUCGAAUGAAUGUUCUGUUACACCGAAUGUUAUUACCAUCAUACCACCCUAUAUCUCUGCACAGUUUUCGACAAAGAAAAAGUUCUCCUUCAAAUAUGGUCUGGUCGAAGUGCGGGCCAAAAUGCCGCACGCCAUGUGGGUAACACCCCAACUCUGGCUGGAGCCCAUUGAUCCCAAAUACGGUGAUUCCAAUUACAAUUCUGGGCAAAUGCGUAUAGCCCAGACGAGAAAUGAUGGCGGACAAACAGACUUAUUGGCCGGCCUCAUACUAAAUUCCCGUCCAGACUGGUAUUCCUUCAAACUGUGCCUGCAACGAACGGCACACAACUUAUCGCAAGAAUUCCACACGUAUCGCAUGCUCUGGACAAAGGAUGUUAUAACAUUUUCCUUGGACACCGAAGAAUAUUGUCGUUAUGAAAUCAAAUCCGAAGAGGAGAGUUUUAAAAAUCUCAAAGUUUUUGGCCAAUAUCUACCAAAUCGUAAUCUCCUGCAGGGUGGCUCGAAAUGGGCACCAUUCGAUCAGGAGUUCUAUUUGCGGGUGGGUGAGUCAAUUGGUGGCUUCAGUGAUUUUCACGACGGUGUAUGGUCCGAGAAGAAGCCAUGGAUCAACACCCAUCCUCGGGCCAUGUUGCAUUUUCGUAAUGCCUAUCAGUCGAACAAGACGUGGUUGGAUCGAGCCGAUUUUGAAAUUGAUUAUAUUAAAGUAUUUUCUGUUUAAAUAAGAGUUUAAAAAUAAAAAUAUAUUGAAGCAAUUACUAAAAGUA